AUGCGCUUGAUCAACACGCAGACGUUCAAACUGAAGGAAUUCUCACAUGAAACCAUUCCUCCAUACGCUAUUCUGUCGCACACCUGGGGAGAUGAUUCAGAAGAGCUCACGCUGCGUGAUGUCGAAAACGGAAAUAUCGAUAAAGCAGGUGUUGGAUCGAUCAAACUCCGAGGAUGUUGCGAACAAGCCCAGAAAGACGGCCUCGAAUAUGCCUGGAUUGACACCUGUUGUAUUGACAAAACCAACCUGGUGGAGCUCAGCGAAGCUAUAAACUCCAUGUUUCGCUGGUACAAUUGUGCUUCAGCUUGCUAUGCCUACUUGUCGGAUGUUCCCGAAGAUGACAAACCCUCCGAGCGCGGAUCUAAAUUCCGGACCAGUCGGUGGUUUCAAAGAGGGUGGACUCUACAAGAGCUUCUCGCCCCUAAGAAUUUGCUUUUUUUCAACACGAAAUGGCAGUUUAUUGGCACCAAGGGCACUAUAAGCAAUGUGAUUAAAGACAUCACCCAUGUGCCUCGACAAUUCCUAUUGGGCAUCACAGGAUUGCACAUUGCGAGUGUUGCUCAACGAAUGUCAUGGGCUGCGCAAAGGGAAACAAAGAGACCAGAAGACCUCGCAUACUGUUUGCUAGGCAUCUUUGGCAUAGCAAUGCCAAUGAUAUACGGAGAAGGUGGCGAACAGGCCUUCAUCCGACUGCAGGAACAAAUUAUGAAGUCGACGAGAGACGAUUCUAUCCUGGCAUGG